AUGGGGGCACCACCGUUAGCUCUGGCUUGUCUCUGCUGUGGCUCUGGCUCUGCCUUCGUCUCUGUCUCUGGUCCUGGCUCUGGCGUUGGCAUCAUCAUCCCAAACCCAAGCAAGCGUGUCUUUUUGCGAUGA